AUGGCGCGCCUUACCAAGAUCCCGCAAGUGUUAAAUUUUUUCAUAUAUUUUUGUAUAUUAUUAUGUUCAUUUACAAAAUUAGCAAGUGCAAAUGUUGAAUUAGAUGAAGACAACUGGAGGCAAAUCCUCGAAGGGGAAUGGAUGGUUGAAUUCUACGCGCCCUGGUGUCCAGCUUGUAAUGCGUUAUCACCAGCAUGGAAAGAGCUCUCAUCUCAAGCUAAAGCUAGGAAUCUCGAGAUGAAUACAGCGGCAGUAGAUGUCACGAAAUCACCUGGUUUGAGUGGAAGAUUUGUUGUAACAGCUCUACCAACUAUCUUUCAUGUAAAGGAAGGUGUAUUUCGUCAAUAUAAAGGGCCGAGGGACGCUUUAUCUAUGGUGUCGUAUGUGGAGCGAGCGCAAUGGAAAAAUACGGAGCCCGAACCUUCGUGGAGAGCCCCGCAUUCAUUCCAGAUGGGUUUAGUAGCACACUUCUUCAAACUCAGCCAGGGACUACGGGGUGUUCACAACACAUUGAUGGAAACCUACGGUCUACCAACUUGGGGUUCUUAUUUGAUAUUUGCCAUCGCUACAAUCUUCAUUGGAGCUCUGUUAGGACUGAUGUUGGUGUGUAUAAUUGACCUAUUAUAUCCACCGAGAAGAUCGGACAAGGAACUUGUUACGGACAAGGAAAUUGAGAGACGGAAACAGAUUGAGAAGAAAGUUAUAGAAGAUGAACAGGAGCUGAUCAAUGAUGAUAUUGUUGAUGACGCAGAGACUAAAGACAGUGACGCAGAGAGGAAUUCACCCGCUGAUACUUCUGAGGAUGACAAAGAACGGCCAGGAGCUGGCGAUGAGAAAACCAAAGAGGUGCGGCGAAGGAAGAUUAGGAAAGAUUAG